GCCUCACCUCAAGGACUAAUAUACUCUCUCAAGUCUUAACUUAUUACUAUCACUUUUGAAUCUUUUGGCAUCCAAACCCCAGCAAAGCAAAGCAAAGCAAACCAUGGCUCCUAUUGAAAUCCCCACAGUGGUGCUUCCCAACACACCUAAUCAACUGAGAGUGCCAGCGAUUGGAAUGGGGUCUGCCCCUGACUUCACAUGCAAGAAAGACACUAAGGUUGCUAUCAUUGAGGCCAUCAAGCAGGGUUACAGGCAUUUUGAUACUGCUGCUGCAUAUGGCUCAGAACAAGCUCUUGGAGAAGCUUUGAAGGAAGCAAUUGACCUUGGUCUCGUGUCUCGUGAAGAGCUCUUUGUCACUUCCAAGCUUUGGGUCACCGACAAUCAUCCUCAUCUCGUUGUUCCUGCUUUGCGCAAAUCACUCCAAACUCUUCAACUAGAGUACUUGGACCUGUAUCUGAUCCACUGGCCCCUCAGUUCUCAGCCUGGAAAGUUUUCAUUUCCAAUUCUUGUUGAGGAUCUCUUGAAAUUUGAUGUGAAGGGUGUGUGGCAAUCCAUGGAAGAAUGCCUCAAACUUGGACUCACCAGAGCUAUUGGAGUCAGCAACUUCUCUGUCAAGAAGCUUCAAAAUCUGCUUUCUGUUGCUACCAUCCUUCCCGCAGUGAAUCAAGUGGAGAUGAACCUUGCAUGGCAACAGAAGAAACUGAGAGAGUUCUGCAGCGCAAAUGGAAUAGUAAUAACAGCGUUCUCACCUCUGAGGAAAGGUGCAGGCAGGGGACCCAAUGAAGUUAUGGAGAAUGAUAUGCUGAAAGAGAUUGCAGAUGCUCACGGCAAGUCAGUAGCACAGGUUAGUCUGAGAUGGCUGUAUGAACAAGGAGUCACUUUUGCGGCCAAGAGCUACGAUAAGGAGAGGAUGAAUCAAAACCUUCAGAUCUUUGAUUGGGAAUUGACGAAGGAUGAUCAUCACAAAAUAGAUCAAAUCAACCAAAACCGUUUAAUCGGUGGACCAACCAAGCCCGCCCUCAAUGAUCUCUGGGAUGAUGAGAUAUAAGUGUUAAAUCAUAGAUGUUUGCGUGAAUCCCUUUUUAUGAUAUCUUGUUCCUUAUUAAGCUAAUUGUGGGGU